AUGACUGUGGGGACCCCCAGCGCCCCGGUGCCCGUGGACGUACUGCAGACGUUGGGCAUGCAGGAUGGCCGGGAUGGCGUUUCCAUCACUGCUGGGAUCUGCCCGCAGCGCCCGGGGACCGAAGACCCUGAUUUCGCUUUCCGUGUUGACAAUCGCACCCAGCUCAGCGCACCCACCCGGCAGCUCUUCCCCGAUGGCUCCUUCCCCGAGGAUUUCUCCAUCCUGGCCACGGUGCGUGCCCGGCGCGGAGGACAAGCUUUCCUGCUCUCCAUCUACGACGAGCGAGGCGUGCAGCAGCUGGGCGUGGAGAUCGGACUCUCACCCGUCUUCCUCUACGAGGACCAGGAGGGGCGGCCGGCCCCCGAGCAGUACCCCGUUUUCCGCAGGGUCAACCUGGCCGAUGGCAGGGGAUCUCAUCUCCGCAGGUGGCACCGCGUGGCAUUGGCCGUGGAGGGCACCAACGUCUCCUUGCUGGUGGAUUGUCACCUCCUCGCCACGCUGCCGCUGGAGCAGGGACCUCAGCCCCUCGUUAGCACCGAAGGGGUGACGAUUUUUGGGGCCCGUCUCCUGGAUGAGGAGGUGUUCGAGGGUGAUGUCCAGCAGUUGCUCAUCGUGCCCGACCCUGAGGCCGCCCGCUCCUACUGCCAGCUCUACAUGCCAGCCUGCGACCAACCCCUCCUCUACCCCCUCCUGGCCCCUUUCCCGGAGGAGAGCGGCCUGGAGCCUACAGCCGCCCCACGUAGGAAGGGGAAGAAGGGAAAGGGGAAAGGGAAACGCAAGGGGAAGGGCAAGAAGAGGAGGAACAAGGAGCUGCUGGAGCAUCACGAGGCCUCUGUGCCCUCCAUCGUGGCCAGCCAGGCCAGCACGCCGACACCGUCUGCGGAUGAGAGCUCCCCAACGCCCGUCCCCUCCGGCCUCGCCACUACCGUGAGCGUCACCGUGAACGGCACCGACCCCUUCGAGGACACCGGUGAGGAGCUCGUGCUUGAACUUGAGGAGGACGGAGUCGCUGGGGCUGACAGCACGGAGGUACCGGGCUACGAGGACUACUACGACGGGGACCCUGCAAGCCAGGAGCGGUUUGGCCCCGCUGAGCGGGAGGAGGUGGUCAUCCAGGCUCCGCAGGAGCUCAGCUUGAAGGGGGAGAAGGGCGAGCCAGCCAUCGUGGAGCUGGGUCGGCGAUUCGAGGGGCCGCCGGGACCCCCAGGACCUGCGGGGGAAACAGGUCCCCUGGGACCACCGGGGCUCCCAGGGCUGCCCGGGGACCCCGGAGAUCAGGGUCCCGCAGGACGGCCGGGGCUGCCGGGAGCUGACGGGAUCCGUGGCCCGGCGGGGACCAUGAUCAUGUUGCCGUUCCAGUUCGGCGGAGACUCCCUCAAGGGUCCCACCGUCUCUUUCCAAGAAGCCCAAGCCCAAGCGAUCCUACAGCAGGCGAAGCUUGCCAUGAAGGGUCCCCCAGGUCCCAUGGGGCUGACUGGUCGCCCAGGACCACUGGGUCUACCUGGACACCCGGGCCUGAAAGGAGAUGCGGGGGACAUGGGGCCACGGGGUCCCCGGGGAAUGCAGGGACCACCGGGGCCGCCGGGGAAGCUGGGCCGCCGGGGUCGCGCUGGAGCGGACGGUGCCAGGGGUCUCCCGGGGGAAACCGGACCCAAGGGUGACAGGGGCUUCGAUGGGCUGCCAGGGCUGCCGGGUGAGAAGGGCCACAGGGGGGAAGUGGGGAAGCCAGGACCAGCGGGCCCCCCCGGGGAGAAAGGUGCCAAGGGCCCGGACGGUCUCCCGGGACCUCGGGGGCAGCCUGGGGAACCCGGUAUGCGAGGCCUGAUCGGCUCACGUGGCUCCCCCGGGCCCCCUGGACCACCGGGUGCCAGCGGCAUCGAUGGAGCACCGGGGCCCAAAGGCAACGUGGGAAUCCACGGGGAGCCGGGACCGCCGGGACAGCAAGGGAACCCAGGUCCGCAGGGUCUUCCUGGCCCCCAGGGUCCUGUCGGGCUGCCAGGGGAGAAGGGUCCGCCGGGGAAGCCGGGAAUACAAGGUGUGGCUGGGGCUGACGGACCCCCGGGUCACCCCGGCCGAGAAGGGCCAGCCGGAGAGAAGGGCCUCCAGGGCCCUGUGGGUGCCCCCGGUCCCGUCGGCUAUCCAGGACCCCGUGGGGUGAAGGGAGCUUUUGGGGUGCGGGGCCUGAAGGGCAGCAAAGGAGAGAAGGGAGAAGACGGAUUCCCCGGCUUUAAGGGGGACAUGGGCCCCAAGGGCGACAGGGGUGACCAGGGUCUUCUGGGCCCCCGCGGCGAGGACGGCCCCGAGGGGCUGAAGGGGCAGACGGGUCUCAUGGGGGAACCGGGUGCUCCUGGCCCCGCAGGCGAGAAGGGCAAGCUGGGAGUGCCGGGUCUCCCGGGCUAUCCCGGGCGCCAGGGCCCCAAGGGCUCCACUGGCUUCCAGGGUCCCAUGGGGCUGGCAGGAGAGAAAGGCAAGAGGGGCAAGGCCGGUCAGGCUGGGCAGACAGGACAGCGAGGGCCGCCGGGCCUCCCGGGGGAGCGAGGUCUGCCCGGUCCCACAGGGAAGCCUGGUCCAAAGGGAGAUCCUGGCCACGACGGGGCCCCUGGCGUGGUGGGAGAGAAGGGUCCUCAAGGUCCUCAGGGACCCAACGGCUUCCCGGGCACGAAAGGUCCCCCUGGUCCCGCCGGGAAGGACGGCUUGCCAGGACACCCGGGACAGCGUGGCGAGCCGGGGUUUCAUGGCAAAACCGGCCCCCCCGGCCCCACAGGGGUGGUGGGACCCCAGGGUAAAUUAGGCGAGACGGGGCCAGUGGGAGAGAGGGGGCACCCAGGUCCCCCCGGCCCCCCCGGGGAACAGGGCCUGCCCGGAGCUGCUGGCCGAGAAGGAGCCAAGGGUGACCCUGGCCCCGCUGGCAUCCCCGGUAAGAGCGGCCCCCCGGGCAUCCACGGCUUUCCCGGCACACGGGGGGCACCCGGAGAGACGGGUCCACCUGGCUUGAAGGGUGGGGAAGGUCCCCCUGGUCCCCCUGGACCUACAGGUUCCCCCGGAGAGCGAGGCCCCACGGGGGCUGCUGGAGGCAUUGGACUGCCGGGCCGGGGGGGUGCACAGGGUCCCCCCGGUCCCGUUGGCGAGAAGGGCUCCCCGGGUGAACGCGGUCCCAUGGGUCCGGCCGGCCACGAUGGGAUCCAGGGCCCCGUGGGGCUGCCGGGCCCAGGCGGACCCCCCGGUCCCGCCGGAGAAGAUGGGGACAAGGGUGAGAUGGGACUUCCCGGACAGAAGGGCAGCAAAGGUGACAAGGGCGAGGCGGGCCCCCCAGGACCGACAGGAAUCCAGGGACCCAUCGGGCCCCCCGGCCCCGCGGGAGCAGACGGGGAGCCGGGGGGCAGCGGGCAGCAGGGGAUGUUUGGGCAGAAAGGAGAUGAGGGAUCGCGGGGUCACCUUGGCCUGAGCGGUCCCCCUGGCCUGCAGGGCAUGCCAGGCCCACCGGGCGAGAAGGGGGAGAACGGAGACGUUGGCCCCAUGGGCCCCCCCGGCGCGCCAGGACCCCGUGGGCCGCAGGGACCCAGCGGUGCCGAGGGCCCCCAGGGAAUGCCGGGUGGCGUGGGACAGCCGGGUGCCGUGGGAGAAAAGGGUCCCAUCGGCUUCCCUGGUGAUCCCGGCCCCCCCGGAGACCCCGGCGUGCCGGGUUUGGACGGAGCUGCUGGAGAGAAGGGUGACAGUGGGGACCCCGGUCUGCCGGGUCCACCAGGAGCAUCAGGGGAGCCGGGUCCCCCGGGUCCCCCUGGACGGAGGGGACCUGUGGGGCCGAUGGGGCGCGAAGGCCGUCAGGGCGAGAAGGGUGCCAAGGGACAGCCCGGCACCGAGGGGCCACCAGGGAAGACAGGCCCUGUGGGGGCACAGGGGCCACCGGGACGGCCGGGCUCCGAAGGACUGCGUGGGAUCCCCGGCCCUGCCGGUGAACAAGGCUUGCUGGGGGCUCCGGGACAAGCGGGACCCCCUGGCCCGCUGGGUCCCGUGGGUUUGCCUGGCCUCAAGGGAGACCCCGGCCACAAGGGAGAUAAGGGCCACGCCGGACUGAUUGGGCUCAUUGGUCCACCGGGAGAGAUGGGUGAGAAAGGAGACCAGGGGCUCCCGGGCAUCCAGGGCCCCCCGGGACCCAAAGGAGAUCCUGGUCUGGCUGGACCCACCGGCCCCACGGGGUCCCCCGGGCCCCCCGGGCGGCAGGGACCCUUGGGCCAGAAGGGCUCCAAAGGCUCACCAGGUGCGCUGGGUCCUCGAGGUGACACAGGCCCCCCGGGUCCCCCAGGCCCACCGGGCCGCCCGGCUGAGCUGCUCGAACCGCUGCCCUCGAGCCGGAGCAGGAGGCACCGACGGGCGACCGAAGGGGCUCCGGGGGAGCAGGGAGCCCCCCCGGAUUACGAGGGGCUGGAGGAGGUGUACGCGUCCCUCAGCUCCCUGCGCACGGAGGUGGAGCAGCUGAGACGGCCCCUGGGCACCCCCGAGAGCCCCGCGCGCGUCUGCCGGGAGCUGCAGCUUUGCCACCCGCACCUCCAGGACGGCGAGUACUGGAUUGACCCCAACCAGGGAUGCUCCCGAGAUGCUUUCCGGGUUUUCUGUAACUUUACGGCCGGCGGUGAGACCUGUCUUUUCCCGGAGAAGAAAUUUGAGGCUGUCCGACUGGCCGCCUGGAACAGGGAGAAGCCGGGGACGUGGUACAGCACCUUCAAAAGGGGCAAGAAGUUCUCCUACGUGGAUGCAGACGGCAACGCCGUGCCCGUCACCCAACUCACCUUCCUGCGUCUCCUGAGCGCCAGCGCCCGCCAGAACUUCACGCUCAACUGCCAGCACGCUGCCGCCUGGUACGACGCCCGCGCCGCCACUUUUGCCCGUGCCCUGCGCUUCCGUGGCGCUAACGAGGAGGAACUGGGGCACAACCACCCGUCCGCCCCCAUCCGGGCCCUCCACGACGGCUGUCAG